CAAAGCCUCACCCGUGAGAGAGGCACAAAAUGGCCGUUGAGGAGGAGAAAGAGAAACCCGCGCUCUAUGUGAUUACUAAGCCAAUCAAAGCAGAAAAGUGGAAAGAAAGGAGAGAAAAGCGCAAGCUGAAGAAGCAGGAGGCAAAAGAGGCUGCAAGGGCACAAAGAAGAGAAAAAGGAUUGCCCAGCAGCGAGUCAGAAGAUGAUGGCGAGGCUAUCAUGGACGAUGGGAAGGACUACCAGCCUCCUGAGCCCGUGAAAGAAGAGCCGGCGAAGAAAGGAAAGAAACGGAAAAAGAAGGGAAAGAACGAUGAGGAUGUAGCCCCAGCAGAAGCUGACCAAAAGGCUGAAGAACAAGAACCACCCAAGAAAAAAAGCAAAAAGAAAAAGAAGGCCUCGAAGGCCCAAAAUGAAGAACCUGCUCAGUCUGAAGAGAGUGACAAUGCAGAAGACGAGGUUGAGGCUGAAAAGCCAAAGGAGGAAGGUCCGUCUGGACAAGAGUUGCAUGACAUGCAGAAAUCAAUUCAUCAUGCUGGUUUCUUUAGUGAGAGCCGCUUUGACGCGCUGGAAAUCUGCGAUCCUUUGAAGAAGGCAUUGAAAGAAGCCAAGUUCGAGAUCAUGACAGAAAUCCAGGCGAAGUCGAUUCCACACCUUCUCAACGGCAAGGAUGUUCUGGCGGCCGCAAAGACCGGCAGUGGGAAGACCUUGGCAUUUCUGGUUCCGGCAUGCGACUUGUUAUACAACGUGAAGUUCCUGCCCAGAAAUGGUGCUGGUGUGAUCGCCAUCUCUCCCACCAGGGAGCUGGCACAGCAGAUUUAUGAUGUCCUUCGAAACAUCUCCAAAUACAUGUCCCAGUCCAUCGCAGUGGUGGUGGGUGGCAUGAACCGUAAGCCGGAGGCCGAGAAGCUGUCCAAGGGGAUCAACAUUUUGGUGGCAACACCUGGACGGCUUUUGGAUCACAUGCAGAAUACCAAGGGAUUUAUCUAUCACAACUUGGUGAAUUUGACCAUCGACGAGGCAGAUCGUAUUUUGGAAGUGGGCUUUGAAGAGGAGAUGAACAUGAUCAUCAAACUCCUGCCCAAAAAGCGACAAACCUCACUGUUCUCAGCCACCCAAACUCGAAAGGUGGCCGACUUGGCCCGCUUGUCACUGAACAAACCCGUUUUUGUGGAGGUGAAGACAAAGGACAACGUCUCGACAGUGGCUGGCUUGACGCAGGGAUAUGUGGUUUGCCCGGCGGAAAGCAGGUUUUUGCUCUUGUUCACUUUCUUGAAGAGGAACAAGGACAAGAAAGUCAUGGUGUUCAUGUCUGCUUGCAAUGCAGUCAAGUUCCAUGAUGAGCUGCUGAACUACAUUGAUGUUCCGGUGAACUGCAUUCAUGGCCACAAAAAGCAGCAGGCCAGAACUUCCACGUAUUAUCAGUUCUGCAGCGCAGACAAGGGGAUUCUCCUUUGCACUGAUGUGGCGGCUCGUGGCCUCGACAUUCCCAAAGUGGAUUGGAUUGUGCAGUACGAUCCGCCGGAUGAACCCAAGGAGUACAUCCAUCGAGUAGGCCGUACAGCCAGAGGUGCCAGCGGAAAAGGAAAAGCAUUGCUUUUCUUGAUGCCUGAGGAGCUCGGGUUCCUGCACUACUUGCGGCGGGCUGGCGUUCCUGUGUCAGAGUACAGCUUUCCACCCAACAAGAUCGUGACUAGCUGGCAGUUUGGGCUGCCAAGUGUGAAUGACCUUGCCCUGUGGCUCAGGGAUCCCUUUUGCCAAUACCAGGUGGAAAUCGAGAAGUGUAACAAGUUUCUAGAGCGAGAGGAGCUGAGAGGAGCUAUGUCGACCUCGAAGAGUUCCAAGGAGCUGGCAACAUGGGAUGGAGAGCCUUCGGCCUGGGGAGACUACUCUCGCCGUGUACGUCUUCAUUGGGAGAUGACCCCAUGUCACAAACGUGCACGUCUGGGGCCAGAGCUUGCUUCGAGACUGACGGCGAGGGCAUGGGCAAUCACACCUUCGUUGGACCACCGACGAUUGGGAAAGCGCAAUGGCACGAAGUACCUGUUGAAGUUCUUGAAGGAACGCUUGUGCAGGACAGCUGUUCCUGACGCAGGCGCGAGGUUGGAGGAUCUUUUGAUCCGUUUGAAGAGGCCAUUGGGUAUGCCGAUGUCCCAAUGGGCCAACGAAGUGAUGGAGGCCUACCGGAAGGUGCAAAGGGCACUUAUCCGUGCUAGGCAGCAGCAGAGGGGCAAGGAGGUUGAUGAGAAAGCCACGGUGUCAGAGCCCCAUAGAGACCCACCUCGAGCCCUACUGGCCGACCACCGACGAGCCCUACUUCGAGGAUGCAAGAUGCGGGUGAUGGAGAAGUUCAUCAAGAUGAAGGCGAUGGUCGCGGUGACUACGAGCCUGUGCCCGAGGAGUCCGAGCCUGAUCCAGGACAUGAAGAUUGGACAGAAGAACAAUGGAAGACAUGGAGGAAGCAGCGACGCCAGGAAUGGUAUGAAGAUGAUGAGACUUCCAGUGGCGAAGACUACCCCUGGGACGCUCCAGACAGAGAACUUGGAGGUCUUGCCGGAUGAGAUCUUGGGCUGGUUGUUGUUGAGGCGUGCAAACCUCUCAGCAGCCAGUCGACUGUCAGUGCAAGCCUCAGUGAACAACUCACUGAAGUUUGGAGACCUGGAGGUUGCCUUAGAGGAAGAGCUACUCCAGGCUGACGCCAAUAGGUCUGGAGGACAAGGCCGACGAAGGUCUUUCUGGGUUGAAGAAGAUGGUAACUGGGGUCUUCUCACCUCAGCUGAAGACACCCUGGACGAUGGAGCUGAGAUUCACUGGGUAGGCAAUCAGCUGCCUGCUGAUGUCUACGCGCCAUCUUCCUACACCACUGAGGAGCACUAUGAGGAUGACGAGGUCUACUGGCACUUCGACUACGAUGGCUGGCAUGGAUAUGUACGAGAUGGAGAAGGUUACUGGUUGGAGACCGAUGGGUAUGGCAUCUAUUGGUCCCUGGAUGAACCGGAGACGGAAGGCUUCUCUGCUGAGGAGAAGAAGGAGUUGGAGGAAGCCUAUGCCGUCUACGAGAACAAGAUGAACACCUUCAAACAAUCCAGGAACUUCCAAAGAGCCAAAGGAGUCAGCCGAGGCUUCUACCCCUUGUCCAUGAUGAAGGGCAAGAAGGGUUCUGGAAAAGGGAAGAAAGGAAAGAAGGGCAAAGGCUUCAACACUACAUCAUCUCCGAGCUCUACGGCAUCACCGAAACCGCUGUUUGCGGCCCAAGGUUCUGACGGGAGCACAACGACCUCCGGUACUGGAUGUUUCGUGUGUGGAGAUCGAGGACAUGGGUUUCGCAAUUGCCCGAAGAGAUCGAGCACUUCUACCAGUUCAACCUUUGGCAAGGGCACCAAGAAGGGCACUUUCUGGGUGGAGUCAAUGACUUCUUCACCUUUGGCCUUCAUUGGCAUGGUGCUACGAGAGGAUGAGGUGCUCUACAACACUGAAGGUUACGGGGUGCUCGACCUUGGGGCCACAGAGACAGUGGGGAGCUUGGAGGCUGUGGAGAACCUGAUGCGGCUUCGAGCUCAACUUCGUGGAAAAGAAGAUCAGGUUGAGGUCUUCCAUGGACCUUCAGCCAGGAAGCCAUUCCGGUUUGGGAAUGGGGGAGUUCAGAUGAGCAGUAGCUACAUCUUGGUGCCGCAGAAGGUUGGAUCCCAGACCUUGCUCUUGGGCAUGUUUACUUUGGAUGCGGAGAAGGUUCCCAUCCUAAUUGGAAUGAAGACCCUGCUUCGUCUUGGAGCAGUGAUUGAUGUCAGUGGCUGGAUGGUUUUGAGCUGCGUUGCGCCAAAGGCCAAAAUUCCUUUGAGGCGCACCAAAGCUGGCCACCUUGUAGUUAGUCUCACUGAGGAUUGGUUGAGUUUGAGCCAACCACUUCAUGACAAUCGUGAGAGCGCUCGAGCAUACAUGGUGCAGAAUUUGGAGGAGAACACACAACUUGAUGUCCUGCCACAUCCUCCAGUUCCGACCGUGAACGCUCACCUCGUGGCCAUGGCGCCCAAGAGGGAGAAGGUGGACUCCAAGACCAAGGUCCCGGCCACAGAGAGGUACGACUACCAGAGGCCGCGGCAGCCCGACUGGGUGCAACGCCAGCGGGACUUGGGUGGCGUGCCAAGCGUGUGGCCUGAGGCUGGCUUACACGCCGGCAUUUGGUGCCCACGGUCCCGACAUGCAGGACCACUCCAGCAGGAUGUGAAGAAGCAGCUGGAAGAGAAGAAGCCGGUCAAGGGAUCACCAGACCUGAACAACAAGAAGAUAGCCUACGACGCCCAGGAGAGAUCACUGGAGGACAAGCUGGAGAGGAUCAAGCAAGAGAAGGCAGCAUGGAUCCAGAGCCAGCGCCAGAAAGAUCUCCAAGCCCACAAAGGGCACACUGGGACUUUGAAGAACAGCCAAGGAGGUCCCGUGAAUACCGACCAUGGCCACCAAGGCCAGUCUUCAACGCCUUUGGCACCAACUUCCCAAGGCGUCGUGCCCAAGAAGACCGAGGCGGUGAUCGACUGCGAGGAGGAGAUGUACCAGACGCCCGGCAGGAAGACACGCCGAGCGGACGAAGCACCGGAGAACUUGAAGUACAACCAGCAGCAACCCGAGCUGAACAUGGCGAAUGAGGCCAAGCCUGAGAAGCUGGAGACAGGAGCAACAGUGUCACCAGCACGGAAUUCGACUUCAUCGAGCUCUAUGGCAAUUGGGAUGACGUCCACCAACUACGACCUCUACGAGCACGACAAUGGUCACCAUGGUGGAGGAAUGGUCGCAGAGGAGCUGCGACGAUCGACAAGUUUCACACCCGGCGGCAUUUUGCCACCAGGACACACGCUUCGGAGGAAGCGGAAGUCCAACUAUGAGCCUGAAGAGGACGAGGUUGUGACGGAGAAGCUGAAGCCUGAGGAGACGUCCUUCUUGGUUGAGGAGGUCACACAGUAUAACGAGGCCCUUGACGAGAUCUUCGUCUCACUGAAUGCCAUGUCCCCUGACUAUAAGGCCCCAAAGGUUUUGGAGCUGUGCUGUGAAGAUGACAGCGGCAUUACCAAGGCCGUUGAAGCAAGAGGAGGAAUUGGCAUCCGGUGUGGACUUUUCAAUGGAUGCGACCUCAACAAGAAGAGCGGCUUCCACAAGGUCUACAACCUCAUCGUGGACGAGCGGCCAGAUGUGGUUUGGGUGUCACUGCCUUGUGGCCCAACUUCAAGCAUUCAGGCCGUGACGCUGAUGGAACUUCAACAAUCUCAAGGAGGUGAAGUGGUUCAGGAAUGGCCGCGCUACAACAAGGGCUGGACUUUCAGAAGCAUUCAAGCCUACUGGAACACCAUGCCUUUCCAGGAGGCAACCGUCGAUGGAUGCGCAUAUGGACUUCGAGCUCCAUGUGGCGGACUCAUCAAGAAGCCCUGGAGGUUGAGGGCAACUACCAAGCGAGUGUGGAAGCUGCAAAAUCUAUGUCAAUGCCAAGAACCUCAUGUUCCUUGUGAAGGAGGAGCUCUCACAAGGAUGACGGCCUUCUACCCGGCCAAGAUGUGCUUGCAGAUUGCAAAGAUGGUGGAAGAGGUCCACUAUGACCGAGUUGCGCAGGCCUACGCAUUGGAGGAGGUGCCUGACUGCAACCCGGAUGUGCUGAAGCAGUUCACCGACCAGGAGGUGCAGUCUACAGCACUGGAGGUUCUGAUGCUCCACAAGAAGCUUGGACAUCCCAGCCGACAGGCCUUCGUGCGGAUGCUCAAGGACAGAGGUGCCAGUCUGCUGAUCAGAACGCUGGCAUCCAUCGUCCAUUGCCAGGACUGCCAGGAAGCUGCAAUUCCACCUUCGAGGAGAGCGGUGACGUUGGAACAGGCGACGGAGCUAUGGGAGGAGGUGCAGCUCGACAACAUGGAGAUUACUGUGGGCGAGGAAACCUUCCACUUCCAGAUUGCGGUGGAUGAAGCUUCAGGCUACGGGGCGGCCACCUUCCUUUUCAAGCAUGAUGCUGCUCCUGGCUGUAGCCGCAAUGCUACGAGCCUGGAAUCCAUCGAGGCCUUCUACAAAGGAUGGAUCCAGUACUUCGGCUACCCGAAGAUUCUGAAGCUGGACAAGGAAGGAGCUCAUCGCGGCCGAGAACUUGAAGAAUGGGCCGAGAGCCAUGGACUGGAAGUUGAGGCCAUCCCUGCAGAAUGCCACGGACAAAUUGGCCAAGCUGAACGGAUGAUUGGAACUUUGAAGCAGAAGCUGAUGACGCACCUGCGAUCAUCCGACGCCUCACCUGAGGUAGCAGUUUGGGCGAUGAUGGGAGCCCAUAACACCAUGGCCAAUGUUGCAGGGUACACCCCAGCACAAUGGGUGUUUGGACGAAACUUUUCUCAGUCCGAAAGGUUGCAUGAUGGGCCUGACUUGCCCUACUGGAGCGGAAUGUCAAGCUCUGCUCGCAUGCAACACAAGCUCCAAUGCAAGCUGGAGGCCGAGAAAGCCCACAGAGAAAUCACCAUCAGACAGAAGGUGAACAUGGCAGCCAACACCAAAAUGCCACGACCUGUUCGUUACGAACCUUGCGCCUUGGUGUACUACAAGAGGUAUCAGCCACCAUCCAACAAGGCUGAGAGAUCCCAUCAACGACUUGACAUCCCACGACGCAAAGUUGCUCGAUGGUAUGGGCCUGCCAGGAUCCUAGCUGUGGAGACCAAGGUGAGCUAUGAUGGCCAUGUUAGACAGCCAUCUUCCAACGCUUGGAUCAUUGCUAGCAGCAGACUCAAGAAGGUGUCGACCACCCAGUUGAGGCAUGCUAGCCCUCGAGAACGUGUGGUGGCUGAAGGCACAAGCCAACUGACUUUGCCAUGGACUUUUCAAGAUCUUUCUCAACUCACCAACAAGGGCGAGUAUGACGACGAGGUCAUGACGGAGCGUCAACUUGAGGCAGACGCCCGACGAGUGCGAGCCCAGUGGGAUGAGGAGCUGAGAACAGAAAGAUCGAGCAUCAAGAGGCAGCUGCAGCCUGAUGGACUUGGACUUACGGGGCAGACAGCUUUGUCUCAAGAUGCUACAAGGCAAAGAACAACCUCACCAACCCAUGAACAGGACGAGGAGAUCGUGGAUGACGAAGACACUGAGAUUGAGGACGCAGAAGGAGAUCCACGUCAUCAAGUUCCACCUGAAUGGGAUGCAGAUGGAGUCCUUCAUGGGCGAGAUCACUUUCCUUUUGGUGCCAACGAGAAUGGCCCACUCUUCAAACAUCCUCAGUUUCUGGAAGCCCGAAGACGCCAUGAGAUGGGAGAGAGACCUCAUCAUGUUCAACGACAAGAAUUCCUUCAUGGCGGAGCUCACUACAACGAGAAGCUUGAGGAUGAGGAGAACCCUGACUACUUCCUGGACACCAUCAACUUUGAUGAGUAUGCCUUCGCGGUCACCUUGCCAACUCCGAGCUCUGAGGCUGAGUGGAGGUCCAUCGUCAAAGACCCUUCACGAUUUGUGGCAAAGCGAGUUGCCAAGGGUGUGGAGGUGUCAUGGCAGAAGUUGUCAGAGGAGCAAAGGAAAGCGAUGGGUGAGGCAAAGCAAGUGGAGAUCAACGAGUGGGUCAAAUCCCGCGUCUGCCGAGCUGCUCUGGGAGAAGUACCACCUCAUCGACUCAUGAAGAUGAGAUGGGUCUUGGUUUUCAAGGCCACGGACGACCCCAACCAGGUGAAGGCAAAAGCUCGACUGGUGGUGGUAGGUUUUACAGACCCCGAUUUGGGGCAAGACCCUACCAGGAGUCCGACCCUGACUCGACGAGGCCGACAAGCUCUACUUCAACUGGCGAGCCAUCGUGGUUGGGAGUCCCUGAAAGCAGACGCAAAAGCCAUGAAUCUGAAGAAAGGACAAGCCGUCCAGUUCCUCAAGGCAGCCUAUGGACUUACGGUUGCGCCAAGGGAAUUCUACAUCAUGGUGGAUGACAUUCUAUGCCUCCUUGGACUUUCGAGGCUGAAGACUGAUCCCAGCAUUUGGAUUUUGAAGACGAAAGAUGAGCAAGGAAGAGUUACAGUUCACGGGGCAGUUGGAGCUCACGUUGACGAUUUCCUGCUCAUUGGAGGUCAGCACAAUCCACUUUGGCAGACCUUCCUCCAGAACUUCCACGAGAGCCUGAGAUGGUCACCAUGGGAGGUUGGACCCUUCAAUCAUUGUGGAGUCCUACUUGAACAAGAUGCUCAUGGACAUUGGCAUCUCACCCAGGAGGAGUUCUGCAAAGGAUUGAGUCAAGUUGAAGAAGAUGGAAAAACAAAGGAUCUGACGCCCAACGAGCAGCAUCAAUGCAGAGCCGUGCUCGGGGCAGCCCAAUGGCGAUGCUACCAGACAGCACCGCAGCACUGUGCAAAGCUGUCACAUUUGCAGAGCAUGAUCGCGAGAGGAGACAGAACUACUUUGAAGGACAUCAAUAAAUUCGUCAGGGAGAUUUACCACCAGGCGAACACCAAGAUCUCUGUCUUCAACUUGCACGCUUCUGAGGAUGACGAGAUUGUCCUCCUUGGCUGGUCAGACGCUGCUCUGGCAAAUCGUGUGGAUUUGUCGUCCACUGGUGGCUACAUCAUCGGCUUUGCCCACAAGAAGAUGCUUGAGAAGGGCGAGGCACUGGCUGAGUGCGAGGCUGAGAUGUUCCUGAUUAGGGUGCUUUGGCAGGAGCUGUUGGGUAAGGAAGUGAACCUCAAGGCUCCUGAGCAGACCGCCAAACAGACCCCGGCGGCCGUCGUCAUCGACGCAAAGGCCCUCUACGACAUGCUGAUGCAGAAGGACAUCCCGCACCUUGGAGCCCGUGACAAACAUACUGCUCUGGAAGUGCUUGGACUUUCACAGCACCUUGAAGAGCAGAAGACAACGGUCCGAUGGUGCAACUCGGAUCAGCAGCUGAGCGACGGCAUGACCAAAAUCGGUGCCGCCGAGAAGAUCCUCAAAUACCUCGAAGGAGGCCAGAGGUGGAGCAUCGUCUACGACCAGACGUUCACAUCAGCGAAGCGUGUGAGAGCAGCCAAGACGGCUGACGCAGAUUUUCUGUACAGCGAUCCCUGCUGGACGGACAUUUUAUGGCAGACUGCGGGGCAUGUGAGUGUGAAUGACCUUGCCCUGUGGCUCAGGGAUCCCUUUUGCCAAUACCAGGUGGAAAUCGAGAAGUGUAACAAGUUUCUAGCUAACAUCCAGUCGCAGUUGGAGAGAGUGAUCGAGAAGAACUACCACUUGCACCGGAGUUCUAGGGAUGCUUAUCGAUCCUACAUGCAUGCCUACGCAGCCCACAGCCAUAAAGAUUGCUUCGACGUUCAUAAGCUGGACUUGUCCAAGGUGGCCAAAGCCUUUGGAUUUGCACAUCCUCCCAAGGUGGAGCUGAACCUGAAACACACCGCCAGAAAGAAAGCCACAGGGACCAAGGGGACCUUAAAGAAGCAGCUUUCUGGACAGUCUUCGGGUCACCAAUUUUCCGCAGACAAUCCAUAUGGCCAGCGCGAUGCAAAUGACAAGCGACAGUUCAGUCGCUGA